AUGAAUAUUCCUUCUCGUGUUAGAGUUAGAUAUAAUUGUGAAGUUCUUUAUCCACUAAGCACAAUUAUCCCUACUGAUCCCAAUAAUUACCCCAUUAAUCCUCCUAAUGAUGAUGAUCAAUACAUCAACAUCACAGCUGCUAAAUCAGUAUGGGACUGGCAAAUGUUGGAUCCUACACGAGUUGAAAGCUCAACCCUUGUUAAUACAUAUUCCACAACACAUGAUUUCUUCAACAUCUCAAAGAACUCCAUAGAUCAAAUUGCAAACCUUAUUCCUUCUCAUUUUGGUAUCCCUUCAUUCUCCGGCAGAUGCAUGGCAAGAAAGAUCUUGGAUUCUGCAAGAAACAUGCUUAAUAAUACUCAUAAAGACCAGAAGAUCUUGUUCAUGGCUGUGGCUGCGGAGGCAUCUUUGGAAGCCCUGGCGAAUCAAAGUCUUAUGGCAGUGCCUGCAACUAAAUCAUUUAUUGAGGAAUUGGAAACUGUGAAGGUUGAAGAAGAAGAAGAAAAGUUAAUAAGUAACUGUGCGAUUUGUUUGGAAGAUUUCAAAGUUGGAUUCUUAGAAGUUACUCGUUUGCCUUGCUCGCAUUUAUUUCAUAAAGCUUGCAUUGUUGAAUGGCUGCAGAGCGAUGGUAUCUGUCCUUUGUGUCGUUUUCGAAUGCCUAUUGAAUGA